ACCUUUUCAUCACCGCUGGCAGGUGAAAGUUAUCGCUGGUCGAUUAUUCCGCCCCCCUCUCGAAAGUCGUUGACCGACUCAUCAACCCCAAUCAAGCGCUAAGCAACCUUCAGACUCAACACACCGAAGCAACAAUGGCCAUGAUGACCGAAUCCGACAACACCUUCUUCAACGGCAAAGCCGACCCCUUCAUCGCAAUCAAGUACGAAUCGAUGAUCAUGUCCUGCACAUUCUUCCUGUUCCUGGACUCCGUUAUCUCCCUCAUCGCCGGCGGUCUCGCCACGCGCUACUUCACAACGAUGUACAUCGGCGCUCUCGCCGCCCUUCUCAGCAUCCUCUCCACGGGCGUCCUUCUCCUCCUCCACAAAGCCAAAGACGACUGGCGCCAGCACAUAUCGACCAACCUUCUCGACGGCAUCUACGCCCCGUGCUCCAAGAUGAUUUCAAUCUUGGCCAACGUCGUGAUCACCGUGCUGUGGCUUGUCGCCAGCGUGGUCACAAUUUACUACCAUGCUGCGUUGAAGGGGAGGAAGUUCGAUGAUGGAUUGACUGUCGUUCCCCCCAAACAGGGUCCGCUGUCAUCGUGGGGAGAAUUGGCGUUUACCAUUCUGUGCACGUUCUUUGCCUCGACCCUGUUGAUCCUCCAGAUCGUUCAGAGGCGGGCCACAUCGCAGGAGAUGAAGAAGGCCAUUUUGAGUAGGGAACUCGAAUAUUAAAUGACUCGGUUGCCUAAAUCAUCUACACUGUCGGGUAGUUUAGUUGCCGCGCAAAUACAAGAGAAGGGCUCGAAUAUACAUUGCUAUACGGUCCA